AUGGAAGAGUUAUUUGAAGGUUUGCUUUUGAAUUUUCUUUUCAAAACUAAAAAAUUCACAUUUUUUAAUUCCAGAUCUAUCCUCAAUUAGUGAUUGCGAUGAUAAUGAAUGCUUCCUGAAAUUAUCAACCAAAAAUAAUAAAUCAUUUACCAUUCAAGCAACUUCGGUUUAUUUAAUUUGCUCAAUUCCAUCUGCAUAUGAACCGGAAACUGAAGAAACGUGGGUUUUUUUUCGAAAAAAUAUUCUGAAUUGGAAAUACAGGGACAGGUUUCAGGACGAAACAGAAGCGACUUGAGGAAAAAUCAUGUGGAACUGAAUCGAAGAAUGAGGAGAAAUCGGAUAAAUGGGUGCAAACUGAUGAAACUGAAAUUGAUGUGAGUUGGGGGAUCUGGGAAUCUGGGAAGCCGUCUUUGUUUUUUUUUUGCCACUUGAAAAAAAUUUAAAAAAUAGUUUGCCUCGAGGCGGGAUCGAACCCAUGACCUAAAAAUUGAGAGACGUGCGUGUUUACCACUCGGCUACGCGCUCCUUUUUUUUACCUCGCAAAAUUUUGAUAUAUGAAACAGGGAAAAAAUUAAAUUUUCAUUUUCAAAAAAAAUUGUAUUCUAGACAAAAUCAAGUUUCGCCGAUCUUCCUCCAACAUAUCGAGAAGCUGAAUACGACGAAAGUGCACUCGAAAGAAUUCUUCGUCACAUCAGCGCCCAUCUCCAUCGAUCUCAAUUACAACAAUGGAUGUCAGAAAUGCCGGAAAAGAAUGCGAGUUUUCAUAUUCGACCAGUUCAAGCUCCAAAUAUAUUCCAAGCCACAUACAAUUACACAAUGGUUAGUUGA